AUGAGGGGUCUAGUGUUGUUUGCUGCUUUGUCUACCUUUGGUGUACUGUACCUGGCUUCGUGUCAAGAUAACUUUGGCCAGAUAUACUGCGGGCGGCGGCUAGCAUCAGCUCUGGCGCUGGUAUGCGAGGAGGCGCCGCAGACAGUGCUAGUAAAGAGGGCAAGGACGGGACCCAUGCUGCCGGCGUCGUGGCCCUGGUUGCCAGCGCAACGCGCGCGCUCUCUCCGCAGGAACAAGCGACAGGUGGUUGCUGAGUGCUGCGACAAGCCGUGCACUUUGGAUGAACUAAUGUCCUACUGCUGA